UUCGGUUGGAUACUUUCAAAAUCUAGCUGUCUCUUGCUCAUUUCUCCAAAGUUACCUACCCUAGUUUUAACCAGAGAUGAAGUACUGUAUGUGGCACAUACAGUACAACCCAAUACAGAACAACCCAAUUCCCUGAGUAUGAGCUCAUAUGUUCAUUAAGUAAAUUAUGUAUUCUGAUGUAGUAUAGAUGAAGUAUCAGCUGUCUUGUUACAUCAAUACUUGCCAAUAUCAAGGUCAAAUAUCUGUUACAAAUGUCAUAUAUCUGUAAUAUGUCAAAAUAUAUGCUAUACAAACUGUUUGCACUUCACGGUUACCCACAACAAACCAGGUCAGAAAACAUUUUUACACAUUUAAGACAACACUAUCUAAAUAUAGUGGCACCUUCUCACUAUGUGUGGUGUGAUAGCGUAGGUGGGGCCUAUACAGUAACAGCGAGAUACACUUCCUCUUCCCAUUAUGGUGAAAACAUUGGCCAACCUCCACCAGAGAAAUAUCCUUUUGAGAGCACAAACGGCAGAUCAGUUAAAGCUGCACGCUAACAAUUCAGCAUAAGUGUGUCAGUGUGUGUACACACUGCAGUGCAGAUUUAGUGCCCACUCAACUGUACUGUUCUUUACUGUGUAUUGUAGCGUGACCUUAAGGGCAGAUAAUGUGUGACUGGUGUUGGUAGGGUCUUGCUUCUGUGUUGAUAAUAUAGAAAUGGAAGAAGAUCAAGGGCCAAACAAGGAUUCCUCUCAAGCUACAGAUGUGAAAAGGGUGCAUCAUAAAUCUGAAACCAAGCGAUACAGUGAGAUCUUCAGAGACUUUGAUAAUCUUGAUUUAUCUUUAAUCUCUUCUGCAGGGGAGGAUCUGCUGGCAGACACUGACUCACUGUCCAUCUCAGAAUCCAUCUCUGCAGAAAGCGCAGAGCUCACAGAGCAGCAUGAUGUGUCUAGACCCACUGAAGCCAAUGAAGUGGAUGGAAACCAAUCAGCCCAGGACGCAGACCUGGCCCUCUGUCGCUGUGAAGAUGGAGUGGAGACGGCGCUGCAGUACGCCAAAAUGUGGUGCCGCUACGCCAAAGACCUCCUGGCCUGGAUGGAGAAGAGAAUCAGCUUGGAACAAGAAUUUGCAAAAACUAUAAUCAAGACAGCUGAAGGAGCAAAAGCCAAUGUGGCCCAGCAGGAAAUGAUGCCCUUGCAGUACAUCUACACAAUGGCACUAGAGCAAGACAUUAAGAACAGUGUGACCUCUAGAAAGACUUCAGAACAGCUACAAAGCCGCUGUUACCAAGCCUUGGCUGCCAAGAGGAAUGAGAUAGACAAGUGGCGCAGAGAGUUUAAGGAGCAGUGGGCAAGAGAACAAAGGAGGAUGAACGAAUCAGUGACAUCUUUUAAAAAGGCUCGUCAGCAAUACUUCCAGCGCUGUGAUGAGCUAGAAAAGGCUAAAGCUGUCUCUGCUAAAGCUGUGGAUGACACAGCUGGAAUCAAAACACUGGAUAAGAGGCGUAAGUCCAAGGAUGAAGCUCAGACUAAGGUGAUGGAGGCAGAGCUUCUGUACAGACAGUGUGUGAGUGAUGCCAAGAUUCACCAGGAUGAAUUAGUGAAGGUCAAGGAGAGAAUUAUUUCCCACAUUCGCAAGCUCAUCUGUCAGGGAGACACUGUGCUCAAGGAGGCCACAGUCAACAUGUUUUACUUCCAGCGGCAGCAGACAGAGCCUGUUCCCCUCGGCUAUCACAACCUGGAGUUGACAUGCAGGUCCCUGGAGCCUGGUGAACCCUACCUGCUCUACGUCCUCAGCAAGCGUCGCCCUGAACAACCUCUCCAAGUCUUUACCUUCCAGGAGUAUUUUCCUCAGGGCAAAGGAAAACGAAAAACCAGCAACCCUCUCAGCUCUCUGCAGGACUCUUCACCUAUGACAGAUGAUAGCCCUUACAGACGACCCAGCGACAGCAGGAAAACAGGGUACAGUGACAGUGAGAGUAUUGGAGGCAGUUCAGAAUCUCUGUCCAGCCCUGCUCACACUAAUAGGAGACUGCCUAAAACCGCAUCCACUUUGACAGUGUCAUCGGACGACCUGGAUGAACGGGAUAUGGCAUCAGAAUCAGAAUACAUUGAUGGUCAGCCAGCCAAACUGCGCACAUUUUCACGAGCUGCACUGACACACCGACUCAGGAAGAUGAAGAGCAAGAUGGUCAAAUGCAAGCAGUGUGACAAUUACAUUGUUGUCAGUGGGGUCGAAUGUGAGGAGUGCGGGCUGGCUUUGCACAGGAAGUGUAUGGAGGUGUGUCAGUUAGAAUGUGAACACAGGAAGGGGACUGUGUUCGGAGUGGACCUCUCUCUACUGUCACGUGACAGACCAGAUGAGGUGCCCUUUGUGGUGCUGCGCUGCACAUCUGAGAUUGAGAGUCGCGCUCUUUCGAUCCAGGGGGUGUAUCGUGUGAGUGGGUCCAAGCCUCGCAUCCAGAAGCUCUGUCAGGCCUUUGAGAUGCAAAAGGAGCAGGUGGACCUCUCUGACCUCUCACCGCAUGACAUCACCUCGAUCCUUAAACACUUCUUCAAGGAGCUCCCAGAGCCCUUGCUAACCUUUGACCUGUACAAUUAUUUAAUCGGGAUGGGAAAAACCAUUCAGCACCUGAGUGAAAGGGAGCAGAGACCAGACACUAAUGAGAUAAUGGACGUCGUUCACAACCUGCAAAAGCUACUACAGAAACUCCCACCAUAUUGCUACAGCACCUUGCAGCACCUGAUGUCUCACCUGCAAAAAGUUUCAGAGAACUACGAGAACAAGAUGUCUCCUAGCAAUUUGGGUAUUGUAUUUGGACCAACACUACUACGCCCUCUUGUGUCUACGGACAUGUCAAUGAUUGCGCUGCUGGAGACCAGUUACCAGGCUGCACUUGUUGAGUUCCUCAUCACACACCAUGACAAGGUUUUUGGCCUUCAGCGGACACCCAGUACGCCCCCUCCCCCUGCCCCCACUGCACCUCUUCCAGACACCCCUCCUAGAGCUUCCUGUCCCCUGGAUGGGGAAGUUUACGCUGGCUCGGAACAUGAAACCUCCUCCAGAGAGCAGCCACACUCAGUAGAAAGUCGAACAAUCAAGAGAGAGUCAAGCGAGGGUUAUAUAUCUGACAAGUCUUCAUCCAAUGAGGCAGUGGACCAGCUCAGCCCUGAAGCCAAUGAGAGAGCAGUCCUGGCUAUGAGAGGGGCAUCGUGCAACCCUCAGGGUGAGGUGGUGGGGGCACCAGACUCUGAUUUGGGGACCCAGCCACACUAUCGCUUCACCAGACAGCCUGUGAAGUAUUACCGGCAUCAUAACCCAGGAACCCGACUCCCCAAACCAGGUUGUGCAGCCAGACAGCCUGCAUCCCCAGGGAGGGGCAGUUUAGGGAGUGCAGACAGCAGCCGCAGCUCCUCUCCAGAGCCAGGGACACAGAGACUUUCACAAAAGUUAGAUGCCCACUGUGAGAACACCCGCCAGCCCCACCAGGCCAAUGUGGCCACAGAGAGUAAAGUGGACGUCCCACUGAGCCCCCGCGACAUUGUGCAGUACAUGCUAGGAUUGGACUCAACAUUUACAUCAGCUGAAACUGCGACAUCAUCCAGUACAACACAGGAGUCUUGUCAUGAGGUGGCGACUGGGUGUCAAGCCGAUCUGAACAUAAAUAUGUCCAAUGCUAGACAGAGUUGGGCUCUGUGUCAGUCACCAAAGAAACUUCCUGUUGAGCACAACCUGACCUCACCUGCACAGAAGAUCCUGUCUGGUCUGAAGCUGAGACGCAGCCACUCAGGGAAGGAUGAGCAGCUCUUUGUCUGAGGAAAGACAGAAUUCUCCAGACAGUUGACUGGAAUACAUUCACAAACACACACUGGAGGAUGUAACAUCAUUAAUAUCACCUUUAUUGUGUGUAAUGACUGCUACUACUGUCAAGAUUCAUGCAGUUUUCAUGAAUAAUAUGCUCCCAUAUUUCACGCACAAAUAUCUCACCUGUAACACAAAAUUUAACUCUCUUCAAAAAAUGACCAACAAGUGAAAUGUUUCAAACUCACAUUUGAGUCAAUCUUCAAGGAAACACAGGUAAGAGGUUCCAAGGCUUACUUGGAUGCCACAGCCUUAUUACCUCUAAUCCUCUUUAAGAUUUUUGAGCUGUUGACCAUCCAGCUGUCUAAUACCCAGACCAGACAAGAGUGGUUCACAUACAUAUCAGUUUUUAAUAUUUUUAGAUUAUUUGAAUGUAACAAACAGGUGGUUUGAGAUUGCAGGUUAAGAGAUGCAAACUAGCACACAAGUACAGUAUCCAGUUCUUUCAGGUUUUGUCCUGAACAAACUAUAAUGAAAAUCAAAAUACAAAUGCCAUCAAGUGUUGUAUUUUUAAGAUGGUUUUGUUAUCUAUUUGUUGUGAUUUUUGAAUGUUUUAAAGGCUCCUAAUGAAUUUUUUUGUAGUACAUAAACAAAGAUAUGCUUUCAUUGGUGUCGUGGUGAGCUUAUCUUAAUACUGAUAUUUCACUGUUUCAUGCACCUUUCCUGUGUGACACAAGGGGGCGGUCUUCUCCCAGUAUGUGGGGAAAAACAUGCCAGACACAAUAGUAGAAGGGCAAUAAACCGCUUAUUUCUAAUUA